AUGGUCCUCGACCGCCUCCAACAGUUGACUCAUCAGGUCACCGCGACCUCGCCUCCUCCUCACCCCUUUGAUCCUCUCUCUACUACCGAAAUCGAUACUGUUGUUGCACUCGUCCGCAAGGAACAUGGCAAGGUUAACUUUAACGCCGUCAGUCUCUAUGAGCCCCGCAAAGCGGAGAUGAUGGCAUGGCUUGCAGACCCUGAGAAUGCUCCUCGUCCAGCACGUGCGGCCGAUGUGGUUGCCAUUGCGCCUGGUGGAAAAGUCUAUGAUGGAAUCGUCGAUCUCAACCAGAAGAAGAUCAUCCAGUGGCAGCAUACUCCUGGGGUUCAGCCUCUUAUCACCAUGGAAGAUCUCCAAGAAGUCGAACACAUUGUCCGCAAGGACCCCAAGGUGAUCGAGCAGUGUGAGAUUAUUGGGAUUCCCAAGGAGGAUAUGGACAAGGUGUACUGCGAUCCUUGGACAAUCGGAUACGAUGAGCGGUUCGGAACGGAUGUUCGCUUGCAGCAGGCGCUCAUGUACUACCGUCCCCAUGUCGAUGACUCUCAGUACACCUUUCCCCUGGAUUUUUGCCCGAUCUACAAUGCCGAGACAAAGGAGAUCAUUCACAUUGACAUUCCGCCUGUGCGACGACCUCUCAGCAAGGCCGCUCCCAACAAUUACCACCCCGAAUCUGUCGAGAAGGAAGGUGGCUACAGAACCGAUCUGAAGCCUAUCAACAUAACCCAGCCCGAGGGUGUCUCCUUCAAGAUGAACGGACGCGUCAUCGACUGGCAAAACUGGAACAUCCACGUUGGCUUCAACUACCGCGAGGGUAUCGUGCUCAAUAACAUCACAUAUAAUGACAAGGGCAACGUCCGCCCGGUGUUCUACCGUCUGUCUCUCGCCGAGAUGGUGGUUCCCUACGGAAACCCGGAGCACCCUCAUCAGCGUAAACACGCGUUCGACUUGGGCGAGUAUGGAGGCGGCUACAUGACGAACAGUCUGUCUCUGGGCUGCGACUGCAAGGGUGCCAUCCACUACAUGGAUGCUGCAUUUGUGAACCGUGCUGGUGCUAGCACCGUUGUAAAGAACGCGAUUUGCAUUCACGAAGAGGACGCUGGUAUCCUGUUCAAGCACACCGAUUUUCGGGACGAGUCUAUCAUUGUGACCCGUGGCCGGAAGCUGGUCAUUUCCCACAUCUUCACUGCCGCCAACUAUGAGUACUGCGUGUACUGGAUCUUCCACCAGGAUGGAACUGUCCAGCUCGACAUCAAGCUGACCGGAAUUCUGAACACCUACGCGAUGAACCCUGGUGAGGAUACCAAGGGCUGGGGUACCGAAGUCUACCCGGGUGUCAACGCCCACAACCACCAACACUUGUUCUGUCUCCGCGUGGACCCCAACAUCGACGGCCCCAAUAACACUGUCUUCCAGGUUGAUGCAGUUCGUGGCCCCGGGGAGGUCGGUAGCGCCGAAAAUAAGUACGGAAAUGCCUUCUACGCCAAGAAGACGAAGUAUACCACUCCUCUCGAGGCCAUGUCUGACUACGACGGCUUCACCGGAAGAACUUGGGAAAUGGCCAACACCAACAAGCUCAAUCCUUACAGCAAGAAGCCCGUGUGCUACAAGCUUGUCAGUCGUGAGGUGCCUCCUCUCCUCCCGAAGGAGGGUGGGCUGGUGUGGAAGCGCGCCGGUUUCGCCAGACAUGCUGUCCAUGUCACCAAAUAUUCCGACGACCAGGUCCAUCCUGCCGGUCGCCACGUUCCUCAGACCUCCGGCGAGCCCUCUCAGGGUCUGCCUGCAUGGAUUGAAGCGGAUCCCAAUUGCUCCAUUGACAACGAGGACAUUGUUCUCUGGCAUACUUUUGGCCUGACGCACUUCCCCUCGCCUGAGGACUAUCCUAUCAUGCCAGCAGAACCCAUGACUCUACUCUUGCGGCCGCGGAAUUUCUUCACCCGCAACCCGGUCUUGGAUGUGCCUCCAAGCUAUGCCCGUACGCCAUCCCAGAUCGCCUCAGGGGCGAAUGCGUGCGCUUGCAAGAAGGGCGAUGGGUCGAGCGUUUUGGCUCGAGACUUGCUUGUUUGA